AUGAGUCGUGGCGGGACCCGGAGAGAUGCCGCAGUGACACUGCUGCAGGGUUGCUCCCCUAACAGCUCCAUUGCACCCGAGAGCCGCGGGUGCCACCGUUCGUGUUCGUCUGUCUCUUGCAGAGUCCUCCAGCACAACAACCUGCUGGCCGUGAAGAGGCGCUCGCUGGGGGGACUGCUCCUGCUGAGGCACCUGGAUUUAUCUUACAACAAAAUCCAGUUGAUCGAGGCGUGUGCUUUUGAGAACCUUCCUUUCCUGGAGACCAUAAGCCUGGAGGGAAAUCUCAUCACUCAGAUCCGGAGCGACACCUUCCGGGCAUGGCACGGGAUGCAGUUCCUCCAGACGCUGGUCCUGCGCCAUAACCCCCUGUCUGUUAUCGAGGACACGUGGUUCUUCAAGCUGCCUUCAGUCACUCACCUGGACCUGGGUGCCACACGAGUGACUCGGCAGACGCUGCUCAUGCUGCUCCUGAGAACAUCCCGCUUGGAAACACUCAAGCUGUCCAUCGACACGGCCUGCUGCCUCUGCCAGCACAAGCACAGCACUGUGACCCCGUGCAGGACCCUCAGCUUCGACUGCAUGAGCGUGUGCAACAGCACUGUUCCCCGCUGCGGUAACUGGCCCACAGCCCUGCCCAUGUCCCCCAGCUAUAGUGAACCUUCUGAGCCUUUGUCUGGCAGAAAGCUCUUUGUCACUGAAGUGCUCUUGGUGUGUUACAGCUCCCCUGGCAGAGACACCAGGGCUCCUAAUGGGACCGGUGCCCCCCAAGAAAGGGAACAGCAGGUCCGUGUUGAAUCUCCAGCCUAAGGAGC